GCCGCCGCGAUGACCCAGGCCGGCGGCGGGCCGCUCCACUCGUCGAUGAACUUCCUCUCCGAAGCCUUCGCGAUGGGCGCCUUCCCCUACGUCUUCCUCUACAUCAUCAUGGUCUACUUCUUCAGCUACUUCUGGACCACCGUCCAGUUCAACCCCGAGGACAUGUCCAAGCAGCUCCGCGACCACGGCUCGUUCAUCCCGGGCCUCCGCCCCGGGCCCCGCACCGCGGAGUACCUCGAGGCCGUCAUGGAGCGCAUCACCUACGUCGGCGCCGGCUUCCUCUCGAUCAUCGCCAUCGUGCCCAUGAUCGUGAACCGCAACCUCAACAUCGACUUCGGCGUCGCCCAGUUCCUCGGCGGCACCGGCCUCCUCAUCGUUGUCUCCGUCGGCCUCGACUUCGUCCAGCGCAUCGAGGCCAACCUCCUCAUGCGCAACUACGCGGGCUUCCUCGGCGGCAACGAAAAGGGCAAGGGCCCCAAGAUCCGCGAAAUCGACGCCCUCACCCGCGCCGCCUCGCUCGUCUGCGAGUGCCUGGAUCUCGUGCGCGACGCCGCGACCGAGGGCGUCCGCACCGACGACCUCGACGCCGUCGCGGGCCACCACCUCGUCUCGCGAGGCGCGACGAGCCUCUUCAAGGGCUACACCCAGGGCGACACCCCGCCCUUCCCCGCCGACACCUGCAUCUCCGUCAACGACGAGGUCGUCCACGGCAUCCCCUCCAACCGUGCGCUGAAAAACGGCGACCUGCUCUGCGUCGACGUCGGCCUCAAGCUCGACGGCUGGUGCGGCGAUUCGGCCACCGCCAUCGUGGUGGGGGGGGCGGACGCCAACCCCGCCGCCGCGAAGCUCAUCGAGCAGACCCGAGAAAUCAUCGACCUCGCCGUCUCGCGCAUGAAGCCGGGCGUGCGCUGGUCGGACAUCGGCCGCGAGCUCGAGGAUCGCACCGAGGCGAUGGGCGUCGGCCUCGUCACCGAGUACGUCGGCCACGGCAUCGGCCGCGAGCUCCACGAGCCCCCCAAGGCCCCGUGCUACUGGAGCGGCUUCGGCGGCGACGAUUUCACCCUGAGCGAAGGCAUGGUCCUGUCCAUCGAGCCCAUGCUCACGCUCGGGCGGGGCCCCAUCACGGGUUGGCUCGUGGGCCGGGCGGGGCUGCCGGCGUUCCGCAUGCCCGUCCAGCUCGACCCGAAGGACGGCUGGACCGUCCGGACAGCGGACGGCUCAUUCGCCUGCCACGAGGAGCGGAUGGUCGCCGUCACGGCGACCGGAGCCCGUGUCCUGGCCUCGCCGGGCGGGGCCAGCGGGGGGGCGGAACGGUGA